AUGGCAGGAGAGACUCAGCACACGUACGCUGUCAAAAAGCUGGACGCUGAGUUCAAACUGCAGGAUGAGGGUACUGCACUGGAGCAGUACAGUAGCAGUGAGAAAGCCACAAAAGAGUCUUCAGAGCACUUCUCAAGUUCGGACGUGGAGGAGCGGACAUUCAGCAGAGGGGCCAAGUUUGUAGACAAGGACAGAGACUAUACUCAGCAGCGCGAGGCUGUGAUCCGACCUCAGCAGGCGGGGAAAAUAGACUUCAAGUCACUGCAGAACAAGCCUAAGUUCGCCAGCAACAGGACGUGGCCCAGUGGCAAAGGCAGCCCCCAAUCCCCCAGCGGAAAGAACCGGAGCCGAGACAAGGGCAAGCGGUCAGGGAAGUCGGAGCGCGGUAACCCACAGCAGCUAUACAGACUCAGCAUCAUCAACCCACGCUCUAACCCUACAAUCGGCAUCGCCUACCCACAGCAGAAGGUCUCGCCACCCAAGAAGCUGGAGGCCAGUCGAGGCCCUGUGUCGGGCAGCUACAGGUUCCACGUGCCCAGUAUACCAGAGCGAGAGGCCGAGCUGCAGCAGGAGGAGAUUAACUACAGCCGCUGCUUCCAGGAGACCUCCUCCAAUCUCACCUCCCCAAGCUAUACCUCACAGGCACUGGGAACCACAGGUGGGACAUCCACCCACCAGCAGCCACCUCAGCAGCAGCAGCAACCAGGCCCAAUGGAGAACAAUAAUAACACACAGCCAAGCGGCCAUCUGCUCUUCCCAGACUUUCAGUUGAGUGGCUCCAAUGACUGGUCUCCAGAGAGGACUUUUAAUGGUUCUAACUAUGGGAUUUCCUCACAAAAAUCCACAGUUCUCUCGGAGGUGAACAAGGCAAAUGGCAGCUGUCUGCCAUUUCAGUACGGAUACCUCUUAUUGGAAGAUUCAAACCCAGACCCUUUUCCCUGUGAUCAGAACCCCCAAUCCCAGGACUAUAUAGACUCCUCUUUGACUGCUGCCCAGGUGACUCUUAACUCUUUUACCUUUCAGACAUCUGGGGAGGGGCAGGAGGGGGUUCAGAAUAACACUCAAUUCAACAGUGACCAGCGACAGGACAGGUCUUCCUACCCCCAUCCUCCACAGCCACCACAGUACCUGCAAUCACCACAAGGGGCCGCGUCCUCUAUGCACUGCACCAGGGGCCUGAGUGAGGACUCAGCUAGUAGUGAGAGCUCUGGCUCUAUCUCCCAGCAGUCAGAUCAGGCCUCAACAAGCCCUGUCAACCUCUCUGAGGACAGUCAGAUAUCAAAGACUGGGCAUCCCCCUCCAUUUUAUCACCAGCACCAACUGAAGGCACAAGGACCCACAGAUCACCUCAGCACUAACUCUCACCAUUUCCACUCAGACGCCUCCCGUAAUCUGCCUUACGCCCCAGAGAGGGAAAAACAUGACAUGAUGAGCUACCUACAGAAUAAAGAACAUCAAAAGCCUAGUAUGGAAGGCAACAAGGGCUAUAUGGAGGGCUUUGGGGUGGAGCACCACCCACCUCCACCACCAUACUCUGCACAUCAACUGUUAUCCACGUCUUUAGCCACGGCAAACCUUGACCAACUGGAUGUGCUUCUCACGUGCAAGCAGUGUGAUCAGAACUUCACUAACCUGGCCUCAUUCCUUGGCCAUAAGCAGUGUCCAACUGACCUUCACCUGUCUCUGCUGGGGCUCAAUAAGAAUGGAGAGCUGAUGUCUGACAGCGAAACAAAAGGAGAUUCUAAGGAUGACCCCAUGAAACUUAACCUGUUCACUGGGGCAGUUCCAAACCCUACAUUUGGGGAGUACGACUAUGUCUCAGACUCAGAUGACGAGUCUGAGCCUGUGAAGAUAGCAAGCCAAGGUCGCCUGAGCCAAAGCAGCCGCUGCAAGUACACCUACACAAAGGAGUGCAAAUGGAGGGCUAGGAGUGACAGGGACAGUGCAGCAUGGCGGCACGAGUCAAAAGAGUGCUUUGAUGUAAAGAAAGCUGAAGAUGUCUCCUUGUCUCUAGAGAAACCUGGCUCUCACCAGAGACUUCGGAGGAGAGGCAGCAGGUCAUCCACUAGCAGUGAAGUCAGCACGUCUGUGAGUAUCUCCAGCGAUGGCAUCAACAGCCCCAAAAGCACUGACCGCACAGACUCAGACUACAAAAUAAUAGACUACAGUACAAAUCUCAACAGCUGUGUGUCAGAAGAUGAGCUAGAGAUAAAGAGGAUUGUGACCGAGUUGGAAAAUCAGCUCCAGACAGCCAAGCUGAGUCCACCACUGCUUACUGAGGAGUCCCCAAAGCAGCUGAAGAUGAGCAGAUUCUCCCCUCUGCGUCUGGACGACGAAUCUGAGAAUGAAGACACUGGUCUAGAUAUGGGCUGCCCUGUGCAAAGCAUGGCGCUGGCAGUGUCAAUUAUGCCAUCUGACCCACAUUCAGAGUCCUUUGCUGAGCAUAGUCUACCAUGGUCCAGUCCAUUUGAGUUUGAGUUGAUGGAGGGACAGCAUACUCCAACCCAUGAUGAACCCAUUGUCCUUGAACAAUUUAGCAAGAAGGAUGACCGUGAACACAGUAUGACAACCACAACGUCAAAUACAGAGAAAGUGAAAGAGCAACUGAAACAGGAGGACCACAAAGAUGAAGACAUGGAUGUUGACAAGAGAACUGACAUAGAGAAAUCUGAGGAGAUUCUAGAGAGUAAGACCUAUGCCGAAAACCUGAUGAAAAGCCUGGAAGUGAUAUCAGAUUCCAUUUUCAAAAAUGAUCCCAUAACACCUGAAGAGGAGGAGCCAAACCUCACCUCACCCAAUGUGGAUGAGGAGGAGCCAGCCAUCAAGCAGAGCCCGAAGGAUGACUGUCAACCUUGUGAUCGCAGUGAUGACACGACAUUGACAUCAGACAAAAGACUGUGUGACAUAGAGACAGAGGUACCUAUGAGUCCAGACCAUACAGCCAAGCUAAGUCCACCAGAUGAAUCUUUGAACAAGAGCAACAUCCAAAAUUACAUAAAAUGUCCAUCCAUUUUACUGGGUCUCCCUUCUCAGAGCACUGCUCCGUCCACUGGCGAUUUGGACAUUUGCCCGGCUCCCCUUCAAACGAUUGAUUAUUUGGACUUACAUGUUGACUUGCUGAAGAGAGUGGAUCCAGAGGCCUUGGAUAUUUAUAAGGUCCCUAGUGAGCUGAACACCCUUGCUUUUAUAAAGGACAUCUCAGAUAAUCAGCACACGCCCAAACCACUGAUCAUCUGUGAGAAUGAGCCAACCCCAUUACCAUCAGACCAAACACAAUCACUAACAGUUGAGGAAGGUCAGUGCUCAGUAACCUACCAGCAAGAGGAAGAAACCACCCAGAAAAAGAUACAUCUGUGUGAGAUAUGCUCAAUGUGUUUCCGGACAGUGCCAGGAUUGAAGAGACACAAGGCCAUGAAACAUUUGAUCAGGACUGAAAGAAGCCCACAUUUGGAAAACGCAAAUCAUCAAGGGAGUCUACACAGUUACCAAACAUCCCAGUCUAUAGAAACAGAACAUAAAGAUGAUCUAGAGCUCCUGGUUCCACAGACCUGUUUGCAAACAGAAAGCAAUGAGGUUUCUGAGAAUCACUGUCCUGAGACAAGUAAUAGCUCCUUCGUAACCAAACAAGGAGAAACGAAUUUUAUCCUGGAGAACAUCACAAGUGAAACAAAUAUGGCAGUGCCAGCUGAUGACAUAGUCCAGCAAAUGCCUCCUCAGUUUACAAAAGUGAAGAAAAUCUACAAACCACGGAAGAACAGAAACAAGGAAGUGAAUGUGAAGCCUGACCCAUUCUCUGACGAGCUUCUCAAUAUAUUGAAAACAGACAUAUUACAGGCUAUUGCUCCUGAAUUCCAAACCCAGGUAAAGCAAGGAUGCGGCAAGUCACCUGAGAAACAAGACAUAAUCAAUUAUCUUGUAAACCACAAAGUUAAAGAGCAGGAGGAAGUCCCAUUUACUGUAACAAGUAACAGUGGCAUUGAACAGAUUCCAAUGUCUCCAAUAGAGCUUACAGAUCUGGCUAUGGACUUGACUCAAAGCAACAAUGAUACAGAAGAGGUGAAAAGCACAAAUCUGCCAGAGAUCAUCAAUGGAGUAGCGGAAGUUAGUAUGGAAGUAUCUGUAAGUAAGGAUAUUAGUAGAGGGUAUGAUAUGUCUCGAGAGAAUUUACAUGACACAAAAGAGGCAUGUGAGCAACAAACUAAAGAUGAGAGUAAUGCCAAAGAGAAACUGGGAGAGGUUGCAGUAAAGAUUGAAUGUGAGAAAAACAGUGGCCCGACAGAUGAGGUGGAUAAUCUCUCCUGUUUUAAAUCUUCUCUUACAAGCCCUCCUAGACUAAGUGCUGAUUUGAAUGCUUUUCUUGAUGACGAAAGCACAUUCUCCCAGUUAUUCCCCACUAGAAAUGAGGAGCUAAAAAGGAAAAAAUUUGCAAAGGUUUAUGGUAAGAAGAACAAGAAGCAGAAACUAUCAACCGAUUCACCAUUAGUUCAAGACUAUCCUCCUCCUGACCUGUAUCUCGAAAAGAAAGAUGACUAUACCGAAAAUCAGAUAGACCAAACAUUUGUCAACAAUCAAAAUGACCCUUGUGAAUAUGAAACAAUAUCCAUUGACGAUGCUAUCAUGUUGAACAUGUGUCAUAAUAGCACAUUAAAGAGUGAUUCCAAAAAAGUAUGUAGCAUGAAAGGAGACACAACAGACCACAAAGACAAUCAUGAGAAUGAUGUGGACCAUGGCAGUGAUUUCCUAUGCCAACCUGAGAGCACUAUUGACAAAGCAUCAUUGGCAUGGAAUGCCUCCAACGACUCUGUUACAGAUACUGGGAUCUCCUCUGACCCAACUUCCUGUAAAGCAGAAGCCCCAAACCCACCAUGUCCACUUCCUAUUAUAGCCUCUUCUGCACCUUAUCCUGGAGAGUCAUGUGCUACAGACAACGUGUCUCCUUUCCACAGCAUUGACAUCCCAAACCUCAAUACCACAUUCCAGCUACCCGAAAUGCAAUUAUUUGACUCCAACAAGGACAUCUCAUUAGUAAGACCCAUUGGCACUGAUUAUGCGGAGACCAGAGACACUGCAAAGGCCAAGAAGCUCACAGAACGCAGGGGAAGGAAACGACAAGAGGGCAGCGUAAAGAUCAAGGACAAACAGUACAAGUGCAAGGUGUGCUUCACCUGGUUCCUUACCCUGGGGGAGCUCAACUUCCACAAGUUAUCCCACAACCCCUCUCCACCUCCCACCUGCUACAUGUGCGUCCAGCGCAAGUUCAGCUCCCGGGAGCAGCUGAGGGACCACCUGAGGGAGAAACACGCCAAGAACAAGGCCGGCUUCUGGACCUGUGGCAUGUGCCUGAAGGAGAUAUCAGACGUGUGGAUGUACAAUGAGCACUUACGGGAGCAUGCCACGCAGUUUGCCCGCAAGGGCCAGUCACACAGCGCUAUCCUGGGGAGUCUGCCGGGCUCUGGCAUGCAGGAGUCAGCCGUGAAGAACUUCAUCACCUCCAUCAUGCAACGCCGCCCCAGCAAGGCCAGCAGAGAGUCCAGUAAGGUCUCCAACAAGGAGAAACUAGCCGUAGUAGAAAACACAGAGCAGGAGGUGAAAACUACAGAGGUAGCUCAGCCCAAAGUUGUCAAGCCUAAAGGGAACAGUGAAAAAGUGGGGAAACCGAGCACGCUGACACCAGUUGAGGUUCUGCACAAUACAGAGCCAGUGCCAAAGAAUGUGGAGAUGCACCCCAACUGUAAAGACCCCUCGAGAGACUGCCAUCACUGUGGCAAGCAGUUCCCCAAACCCUUCAAGCUUCAGAGGCAUCUGGUUGUGCACAACUUAAAUAAGAUUUUUCUGUGCCACAAAUGCCCAGUGACCUACCAGGAGCCACAGGACCUAAAAUAUCAUCUGAAGAAUGAGCAUGAGGAGGUGGAUGAGCUUGACUCAAGGCAUACCACCCUCUACACCUGUGAGCUGUGUGCAGAUGUCAUGCAUGUGAUCAAGAAAUCUUUCAUCUGCAGCACCUGUAACUAUACCUUCUCUAAGAAAGAGCAGUUUGACCGACACAUGGAAAAGCACUUGUCAGGAGGGAAUAAGAUCUUCAAGUUUAGAGGCGUUCUCAGACCUAUCAAGACAUCUCCCUCCAAAGAGAACGAUGAGUGUGAAUUGCCAGCUAACAAAAAGAGAAGAAUCCUUACUGACAGUCUACAAGAGAACAGCUCUGACAGUGGCAUCGCCAGCAUAGCCUCACUGCACUUAAAUAAGAGUGCUGAGAUGCCAGUUCUGAAACUCUCUGUACACACAACAGAGGACUCGACACAGACCAGUGCAGGUGAAUAUCACACUGAAAAUUAUGCCAGUGUGAAGACGGAGGACAUGGCUGAGGACUACUCUGACAUGCUGGUAGAGCUGGAGCAUUGUACGUUUCACCUGGGCUCUGAAGGUCUCUCAACUGCUACACCCAAAACAGAGGACAUUGAUCCCAGUCCUUCACCUAAGCUGCCUGUUAGAGACAUUAGUGAGGCCGAUGGCAAAUCAUUCACAGAGCCAUGUGAUGUGAAGGAAGAGCAUGAUCCACUUGAGAGCAGUAUAGCUGAAAAGGAAAGGGAGUGCUUUGCCAAUGAUAAGCAGAGCACUCCUGAGAGCAGCAUACAGACUACCACAGCAGAAGCUGAAAAGAAGAAGAUACAGAGGAGAGAUUCCACGGCAUCGGAUGAGGAGUUGUAUGUUAGUUUCCGUGAAAACCUGAUCAACAGCUCAAUGACACCCGAUACACAUGAUAUCCACCGUCCUCCUACAAAGCAUAAAUCAUCUACCAUUGUGAUGGACCAAAUGAGGGAGGGUGAGCUGGGGCAACAGACAACCAGCCCUCACAGCCAUGACAACAAGCAGAAUGACAAAACCUCCACACCCAAGCCCAGUGAAAACACUAAACACAGCUCCAACAACAGCCCCAGGGCCAUGGAGUCAACACCAGUCCACCACACCAAGAUCACUUCCCAGGGCCCGCCAUCCAAUGAGGACAAAGACUCUGUGAGAAGAGAACAGAAGAAGAGGAAAGAGAUGAGGACACCUCACAGUUUACAGAGGGUCUCCUCGUCUGCCACAAGGGAGAACCUUGCUGCCGACAUCAAGACCAAAAAUAGGUUCCGUCUCAGCAAGUGCGAGAGUCCGGCAGUUCACAGGAAAUCGGACGGCUCCAGCGAAUACCCGGUGCUCUCUUCAGUGAAAGAAGAUGUGGUCAGCAACAAAAUAGUCUCCAAGCACAAAACAUCAGGGAGUCUAGGCCUUCAAGCAAAGAGAAGCUCCCUCGAUAACUGCACGCCAAGGAAAGCAGAGAUGGUGCAUCAUAUUAAUGGGGAUUACAAAGCCAAAAAAGGGCCUCUUGGACGGCCUCUUCAUUACCCAGUUUCUAAAGCGUCAGCGCUUCCUAUGAACAAUUCCUUGAAUAAGUCUAGGCCAAAGACAGGGGUGAGGUCCAUGGAGAGCCACUCCUAUAGGACAGCAGAGUCACAGAACAACCUCCUGAGCCAGCUGUUUGGCCAAAAGCUCACCAGCUUUAAGAUUCCUUUGAGGAAGGACACUUCAGAACCAAUAAACUGAUUGUGGGAAGGAUCUGUGGGAUAGAAAACAAAGAGACUGAAUAGUUGUUCACGUUAUUGAUGAUCAAGACAAUUCAUGACCAUGAAUGAGAUUGCAUGGCUCUCUGUGAAAUGUUUGUCUAAAUACUUAUGUUGUCACUUUAUGUCUUCUUCUCUUGUAAAUGUGUUAUUACACAAAUGUGAGGAAUAAUGGCAGAGAUUAUUUUAAUAAUCUAGAAUGAAAAUGCUAGUAGGGCAAAUCAUUGACUAAUUCCUGCUAUUCUUAGGUUGAACAUUAUCUUUUUCAGAGACUAUAUUUCAUUAAAAAAAAUACAAAAAGAAUACUUGAAAAUAAAACAGAUUUUUUUUUUUUUUACAACUAAUGCAUGUCAGUUUCACAAUCAAAAAGUGUUCAUAGAGAAUAUAGCUUUUUUUAAUGCAACAGGACCAAAUGACAUCCCAACGGACUUGGACUAUGUCAGUGCACCUUUUGUAUAUGCUUCUCCAAAAAUUACUCUUUUUGUAUUUUUACCUUACUGUACUUCAUUGGCAUUCAUUAUAUUAGCUUUGUAUAAACAUUAACUGGUGCUAUGUUAUUCUUUAUUGUAAUGUGAACGCCAAUGUCCUCUAACUGAAGGGAACAUGAGAUCUGUAGCAGUUGAUUUCAUCCAACCGUUUGUGCUGGUUCUCUGUAGUUUCUUUUAAAAAAUUGUAGAAAAAGACUGUAAAAUCUCCUCCAACAAAGUAUUCAUCUGUACGUCCUUAGGAAAGAAAAUUAGGAAAGCUUGCAUCUGUACAAACUCAGGUGCAUCCAAGGACUAUUCACAGUCCUGAGACCUGUUUUAGGAGAUUCUCCCAUGCACUGAUAUUACCACACACAAAACACACACUCAGUCCUCCAUGUCUGUCCUCCAACUGUUUAAUUAUGAAUAUUAUUUACUAAGACAAAAAAGGUGCUUUAUCUUGUUUAUAUGUAUCUUAUAUUGUAUUAUAUUGUAGGUAGAUGAUUUCCUGGUGCAAUGCUCAAUGUCAAAGUUUUAUUUUAAUAAUGUGCAACAGAAUCAGAGAGAGAUAGAGAGAGAGCGAAAUAGAGAGAGAGAAAAUACAUGGAAAUGCAAUGCCUCUUGUAUUGUAAAGUGGUUCACUUAGUGCCUCUUUUAAAGUUGGUUAUUAAAAAUAUGCAUUGGUU